CCAGCAUGCGGAAGUGCACUAUUCGCGCUGUGCCACGCUGGGAGUUCCGAGUUUUACCACAGUGGCUCAGUGAACGCUUGCGUGGCCAUCACCGUUGACCGAAUGGGUCUUUGCGCUCGGGGUCGAAACCGCUUCUCUUCGAUGACGACCUGUCGACGAAAGUGCAUCGACGGCGGCAAUGGUGCGGCUCCGGAAUGCUACCAGAGAGCCAUAUUCGAGGAAUGCCAGAGGCGAGACGUCUUGAAGACGUGGUGGUACUCGGACGGCCGGGCGUGCCGCCGCUGGCACUUCCCGCGCGGCCUCUGCCCGUCCGAUGGAGCACUCGUCUUUCACACGUCGUCCGAAUGCGCCCGAAGAUGCGGCGACAGGCGGCGUCCCUGCCGAGUGCCAAAGACCGUACAGUGCAAUGCCACUCACUUGCGGUUCUCCUACUUCGCUGAUCCUGUCUCGAAGGGCUCCCGCUCCAGGCGCUGCCGAAGAGUGCCAGCUGCCGGUGGCGACAAAGCCCACCUGUGCUUAAAUGGUGCCAACCGAUUCCGCACGAUGGACGCCUGUAGGGAGAAAUGCAAACACGCCAGGCACUAAUGCGCAAUUGACGCGUCCGAAAGGAAAACGUUUGAACUCAAUUCGAUGGAUGUUUCUAAUG